CGGCGAAGGAGGGAAGCAGCCAUUUUUAGCAGAAAGGUCUUUUCCGUUUUCUCGGACUGUGCUAAAAGUUUUGUGGGGCUCGGUGACUAUAUUACAUCUAGUUGGCCAGAUGGGCACAAGACUGUGAGCCACCGGAGAUCCCUGGCAACGCAACCCGCAGCGAAGAAUUGACGACCACCGCAGUGACAACCCGUGGUGAAAAAACUCGCGACCCGGUCCCUGACCGCAUCCUGGUGGUAGUCAGCGCGACGCACAGACAGCAGCAGCAGCAGUGAUGGCGCCGAUACGCCGUGCCGUGAAGAACGUCAUCCACAACUACACCGACUCGCAGGUGAAGGUGCGCGAGGCGACGUCGAACGACGCGUGGGGCCCGUCGAGCACGCUCAUGUCGGAGAUCGCCGACCUCACGUACAACGUCGUCGCGUUCACCGAGAUCAUGCAGAUGGUGUGGAAGCGGCUGAACGACCACGGCAAGAACUGGCGGCACGUCUACAAGGCGCUCGUGCUGCUCGACUACCUCAUCAAGACGGGCACGGAGAAGGUCGCGCAGCAGUGCAAGGAGAACAUCUUCGCGAUACAGACGCUGAAGGACUUCCAGUACGUCGAGAGCAACAAGGACCAGGGCGUGAACGUGCGCGAGAAGGCGAAACAGCUCGUCGCGCUGCUGAAAGACGACGAGCGGCUGAAGAACGAGCGCACGCGCGCGCUCAAGGCGAAGGAGCGAUUCGCGCAGAACACGGCCGGGAUAGGCAGCACCUCGCAGACUGAUCCAGACAGGCAAACGACUGAUGAAUUGAGACCCCAAGGGUCGCUGCAGCGGCAGUUCUCGGGCGAGGAGCGUCGAGCGGGAGGAGGAGGAGCAGCAGCAGCCGCGGGAAGCAGCGAGGCGACGGAGAUGGAGGCUGCACCCGCGCAACGUUAUGGGGCGAGCGUCAGCUACAGCCUGCACUCGGCCACUGGCCACUGA